AUGGACAACUCCGCCCUUGUCGGCACUGGAUCGACCGAUGAGUGGCCACAAGGGAACGGAACGUUUAUUUACGCUUCUACGAUUGAAACGAAUGCUUUGAACCCAGCUCCGGUGACUGCUCUUUGUUUCGAUCCAUUUGAAGAACUGCUGUGGUUCGGCAAUUGUCAUGGACGAAUAGCCUCCUACUAUGCGCCGUCGUUCGAAAGAUACACCGCUGUUUGCGCGACAAGAGGCGAUAUCCGUGAUAUGAGCGCCACCGAGAUGGUAAUACUGUCACUGUCCGCUAGUGAGCUCAAAGCCAACACCCGUCACGGUCUUGUUGCGUUCUCGUACGGUUCUCGAUCCAUGCAAAAUUUGAAUUCAAUGAGGAUAAUGUCUGGAACGUCAUCAUUGUUUAUGGGAGGCGAUCAGAAGGAGCUUAUCCAGUUUGAUCUCGAAAAGCAGAAAGAACUUCGCGUGGCUAACAUCAAAGAGAAAAAUGCUAAUCUCAUAAGAUUAAACGGAAGUCAACUUUUCACCGCAGAUACUGAAGGAAAGAUCACCCUUCGAGCACUAGGAACGAUGGACACGAUACGAGUGAUUUCAGCACAUGGUGGAGUGAUUACGGACUUUGACGUUAAUGGGACAAAACUGAUAACAUCAGGAUGUUCUAUGAGACUUGGAGUACCACAUGGCGAUCCCUACGUGAAAGUGUACGAUCUGCGGAAUUUCUCGGCUCUUCCACCGCUACCACUCUCCUUUGCUCCAUCGUUCUCCAGGUUUCUUACUCUUCCAACUUUCUGCGAGUCACGGGUAUUCAGUGUUGGUCAGAAUGGGCAGGCUCAGAUGAUGUUUUUGAACGAGAGGAAUGCUGGCAUUCCAGUAAUAAUUGAUUCUGGUGGAUAUCAUCUGACCGCUUUCGAUUUCUCAUCAACGAAGCAGUACCUUGCCUUUGGAGACGAAAUUGGAAACAUCCAUGUUUACGCAGAUCGACCGAAUCCCGCCAUCAACGAUUCCUCGUACGAAACCGACUUCGCUGAUCCAUCGCUCGGACCUCCUCAAUCGUUUUUAAUCGAUGACACCCAUACCCCACUUGCAUCUGUGCCUCUUCCGUUUUCUUGUGAUGAUACCUACUUUUCGGACUGGCCAGAAGAGAUGUGUCAAAACGUUUACAGGAGGCCAAAACCAUUGCCUGCUCACCCAGCUAUGUCAACUAUUCAGUUCGUAGGCUAUGCACCAAACCCACGUGCUAAUACUCCGAUGGCGUAUUUUAAUGUUGUUCCAUACUAUCUGGACGGACAGGAAUCCUGUGAGGAAGAAGAUGAUCCCGGACCAGUCAUCAUUCCCCAGUUUUACCGCAAGUUGGAAGUUCGCCGUUCACGCAGUGGAAGGCCUGAAGAUAAUGCUGUUUUGAAAUACAACAAGACAGACUAUGUGCCAAUGGAGAACGUCGCGUCCAGCGCCAUUAUCAACCCGAUAGUGCUGUGUACGAAUUUGAUCCGGUCACUUGUCGUUUCUGGUGCAGCGCCAGUGAUGGGACCAGUGCAAGUCACAACGCAAAAUCUGCUUAUCCUACGUUACGAGCGCAUUGAACAAGUCGGAGAGGAAUGUGGUAAGCUGGCCGAGAUCUUGGAAUCCGACCUAACUGUACUAUCACGUUGCAUCAGGUGUGGAGAGCUGAAUGGAUCAGAUGAAAAGAAAAUCAUUAUCUCAUUGAACUAUCCGGAAGCUGCGGAACAGAGGACCAUGAGCUAUUUGCUGGAAAAAUCACUGCAUGCAAAGGGACAACGCCAGGGGCCGUGUGAAUCUUGUUCUGUGACGACUCGUAUGGAUGACACAAGAAGAGUACAGAAGCUUGCUCCAAUUUUGCUGAUCGACACUAAUCCGUCCAGUCCAAAGUUCACCGAGUUUUGGCAGAAGCAACUGAAGGUAGACUUCCUUUUAUUUGAAGUUCUGCUUCCUGGGUUAUUAUUAUAA